AUGUCUGCAACUGCACUGCGCUUGAUCCGAUGCAGGAGACUGAGCACGGCUGGGUUGCCAGGAGUUGCCAAAUCACUACGGUGGAGAGAUUUAAGGAAGGUGGCUAAAGUAACAGGAGCAGUAGUGUUAGGAGGUUGCCUUUUCAUCACGUACGAGGUGGUGGCCUUGGACAAGGCGGUGACUAUCGACACCAGUGCCAUUCAUCAGGAGAAGUACAAAUCUUACAUUUACCUGCGAGCCAGUCCCUCUGAUGAAAAGGAGAAUCUCACAGGUAGACUCACCCACACGACUCGGAGAGAACUUCACAAAGCGGCCAGGCGCUUUCUAGACAUGUCUUCACGGCUUCUGUUGCGAUCACUAGAUGAGCGUCUCAGUAAUGUGGAUGCAGAUCCACAUGAGGUGGCUUUAUGGGUCCUGCUCAAGAGGACACAGUCUGACAAUCGCGCAGUCAGAAUACAAGCUGUGCAGGAAUUGGCGGACAAUUGCCACUGGCAUGACUAUCAAUACCGGACUGCGGCCCAGGUGAUCGAUCAGAGGACCGCAGUGGGCCUCGCUCGGACUUUGCAAGCAGACCUGAGAUUCUUCCUGUCGCCGCCUGCACUUCCUGAGCUGGAUGAUAGUUUGUCAACCCAGGACGGCCUGAGGCAGCUGCUUGCCUCCCUACCGCAGUCAGAAGUGGACAAAUGCGUUCAGUACUUCACCUCGCUGGCCCUCAGAGAGAGCACUCAGGCAUUAGCAGCACAACGGGGCGGCUUGUGGUGUUUUGGUGGCAACGGCCUGCCUUACGCCCAGAGCCUCACAUCGGUUCCCUCUGAGAAGGUCGAGUCCUUCUGCCUGCAAGCUUUAGUGCAUCACUCCAAGGUCCAGAGCCACUGUGAUCAUAUCGUUUCCAACGGGGGUCUGCAGCUACUUCAGAGGGUUUAUCAGCUCCGUAGAGACUCGAAAAAAAUACAGAGGAAUAUUGUGCGAAUCAUCGGGAACCUGGCUCUUAACGAUAGAGUCCACCAGGCCAUCGUGCAGUCGGGGUGGCUGUCAGUGCUGGCUGAGAUGGUACAAUCUCCAUACGUCACAGAGGCUUCCCACGCGGCCCGUGCGCUUGCCAACUUGGACCGCGAGACGGUGAAAGAGAAGUACCAAGACGGAGUCUACAUCCUCCACCCGCAAACGCGUGGCAGCCAACCAAUCAAAGCAGACGUGCUGUUCAUUCACGGGAUUCUGGGAGCGGCUUUUAAGACGUGGCGACAGAGGGACCGAAGCACCCCAGAAGACGAGAACGAUCACGACUGCGGGGACGACUACACAGAAUGCUGGCCAAAGACAUGGUUAGCGGCAGAUUGUCCCAAUCUGAGGGUAUUAUCAGUGGAAUACGAUAGCCACCUCAGUGAUUGGAUGGCCAAGUGUCCGGCUGAGAAUCAGAGAAAGUCGUUAGCCUACAGGAGUCAAGAGCUGCUCAGAAAACUCAAGAUGGCAGGAGUUGGAGACAGGCCAGUAGUGUGGGUAGCUCACAGUAUGGGAGGCUUGCUUGUGAAAAAAAUGCUUAUUGACGCCUCGAAGGACCCCGACUUGAAGGACCUAUUCAAGAACACCAAGGGCGUUUUGUUCUACAGCGUUCCCCAUCACGGCACUUUCAUGGCAGAAUACUCCGUCAACGUCCGAUAUCUGCUUUUCCCUUCCAUCGAGGUCAAAGAGCUUUGCAGAGAUUCUCCAGCACUGCGUGACUUGAAUGAAAACUUCUUAAACAUGGCUAAAGAAAAAGAAAUCAAGGUGCUUAGCUUCGCAGAGACGCUGCCAACAACCAUUGGUCCUAUGAUCAAGAUACUGGUAGUGCCAGCACAGUCUGCAAAUGUCGGCAUCGGAGACCUGAUCGAGGUGGACGUGGAUCAUCUCAGCAUCUGUAAGCCAGAGAGGAAAGACUCAUUCUUGUACAAACGCAGCCUUCGCUUCAUCCAGGAAACAUUGCACAGCACCAUCGCCCGCUGA